AUGUGGACUAGCAACUCCUCCCCUCUUCGCGCUGCUUCUGUGAAGUCCUUCCGGUGGACAACAACGGAAUUGUAUUUUCACUCAUUAUUUUUGUGAGGAUUGUUGGAUGAAAAAUAGAAUAUUUCAGCUAUAAUAGCCGCUUUAUACCCUGAGCUACAGCGUUUGACUGUGACACAGAACCAACAUGGACGUCCCGAACCCCCCUGAAGAUCAAGAGCUGAGGAAUGUGAUUGACAAACUGGCCCAGUUUGUGGCUCGGAAUGGACCUGAGUUUGAAAAGAUGACCAUGGAGAAGCAGAAGGACAACCCAAAAUUCUCCUUCCUGUUUGGGGGAGAAUAUUUCAGCUACUAUAAAUGCAAGCUUGCUAUGGAGCAACAGCAACAUCUUUUCAACCCUGGAAACAAAGAUGUGGUUGACAUUCCCCCUCCAUCAAUGCAGCUCGUUCCUCCACCUCCAAUUGCUCUGUCAGCUGCACCCUCGAUAGAUGAGCUCAUUCAACAGAGCCAGUGGAACCUCCAGCAACAAGAGCAGCACCUGCACACUCUCAGACAGGAGCAAGUGACAGCUGCCAUCACCCUGGCAAUGGAGCAGCAGAUCCAGAAGCUUCUGGUAGAAACUCAGUUGGACAUCACAGAGUUUGACAACCUGCUGCAGCCCAUCAUCGACACCUGCACUAAAGAUGCUAUCUCUGCUGGUAAAAACUGGAUGUUCAACAAUGCCAAGGGGCCACAGCAUUGUGAACUGAUGGCAUCACAUCUUCGUAAUCGCAUCACUGUUGACAGCGCACAUUUUGAGCUCCGCCUACACCUCAUCUAUUUAACCAAUGAUGUUCUUCAUCACUGCCAGCGGAAGCAGCAGAAGGAUUUGUUGGCGGCGUUGCAGAAGGUUGUUGUUCCCAUCUACUGCACUAGUUUUCUAGCAGUAGAGGAAGAGAAGCAACAGAAGAUUACCCGGUUGCUGCAGCUUUGGGAGAAGAACGGGUAUUUUGAUGAAGAGACCAUACAGCAGCUGCAGAACCCAGCACUUGGCAUUGGACAGUACCAGGCUUCCCUGAUAACAGAGUAUGCUGGUGUGGUGCAGCCCAUCCAGCUGGCCUUUCAGCAGCAGAUUCAGGCUUUAAAGACCCAACAUGAGAAGUUUGUUACUAGUUUGAAGCAGCAGCAACAGGCUUGCCCUGCAGGACCAGCAGCUCCACCUGCUGAAGCUGAAAAAGCCCCACCUAUAACAACCCAAGCCAGUGCAGGAGAUGUGAAGCCUCCUGUGAUUGGCCCUCCUCCAGGAGACUUUGAUGGAGCUCCACCCAGAUCACAGGACCCCAAAAACUCCAGUGGGCCAUCUGAUAUGCCACCCAACAAGCCUGCGUGGUUUGAGCCUCAGCAUGUCGGACCCUGGAACCCCAACCAGCCGCCUCCCUUUGACAUGAACCAGCCCCCACCUCCCUGUCCUCCGUGGAACAGUCAUGAGGGAAUGUGGAACGAGCAGAGAGACCCAGGAAACUGGAGUGGAGGUCCUCCGAGAGAUGGAGGCCCCUGGAGUGGGCCAGGAGGUUCUGAGCUAGGUCCCCCGUCUUGGAAUUCAUUUGAUCAGCAGCCCCCCUGGGGGAACCAGACUGAUCAACCUCCAUGGGGCCAAAGAGAGCCCCCAUUUCCACCACGAAUGCAGAGACCUCCCCAUUUCAGAGGACCUUUUGCUCCACACCAGCAGCCCCCCCCAUUUAACCAGCUCCCACCACCCCCUCACAAUUUUGGAAGAUUCCCACCUCGCUUUGUGCAGGAAGACUUUACUCCCAGACAUCACUAUGACAGACCGCCUUACACCUCACAUCGCUUUGACUAUCCUCAGGGAGGAGAAUAUCCUGGAGAUAUGCCAGGUCCUCCACUUCACCACCACCCCAACCAACGAAUGCCUCCACCAGCUAUAGGAGCCGAUCAUCCUCCAUGGGGUACGGGCCAACACCCAGACUUUGGCCCACCUCAACAUGGCUUCAAUGGCCACUCCCCUCACAUGCGCCAUCGACAGCAUCCCGUUCAAGAUGACCCAAGUCUAGUUCCAAACGUACCCUAUUUUGACCUGCCAGCAGGUCUAAUGGCUCCAUUGGUCAAGGUACGUUAGUUGAUUCUGAAUUUGGGACAGUG